AUGAGCAAGCAGAACCAUCUUCUGGUGAUCAACGGCAAGAACUGCUGUGUAUUCAGGGAUGAAAACAUUGCCAAAGUCUUGCCGCCGGUGCUGGGGCUGGAGUUUGUGUUCGGACUCCUGGGCAAUGGCCUUGCCCUCUGGAUUUUCUGUUUCCAUCUCAAGUCCUGGAAAUCCAGCCGGAUUUUCUUGUUCAACUUGGCUGUGGCUGACUUCCUCCUGAUUAUCUGCUUGCCCUUCCUGACGGACAACUAUGUCCAAAGAUGGGACUGGAGGUUUGGAGACAUCCCCUGCCGUCUGAUGCUCUUCAUGCUGGCCAUGAACCGACAGGGUAGCAUCAUCUUCCUCACCGUGGUGGCUGUGGACCGGUACUUCCGGGUAGUCCAUCCCCACCACUCCCUCAACAAGAUCUCCAACCGGACGGCGGCCAUCAUCUCUUGCUUCUUGUGGGGCGUCACCAUCGGCCUGACCGUCCACCUCCUAUACACGAACAUGAUGACCAAAAACGGCAACGCAAAUCUGUGUAGCAGCUUCAGCAUCUGUUACACCUUCAGGUGGCAUGACGCAAUGUUCCUUCUGGAAUUCUUCUUGCCCCUGGGCAUCAUCGUGUUCUGCUCGGCCAGAAUCAUCUGGAGCCUACGGCAGAGACAAAUGGACAGACAUGCCAAGAUCAAGAGGGCUAUCAACUUCAUCCUGGUGGUGGCCAUCGUCUUCAUUAUCUGCUUCCUGCCCAGCGUGGCCGUGCGGAUCCGCAUCUUCUGGCUCCUCUACAAACACAACGUUCGGAAGUGUGAGAUCUACUCCUCGGUGGACCUGGCCUUCUUCACCACGCUCAGCUUUACCUACAUGAACAGCAUGCUGGACCCAGUGGUCUACUACUUCUCCAGCCCAUCUUUCCCCAACUUCUUCGCCACAUGCAUCAACCGCUGCCUUCGAAAGAAAACAAUGGGCGAAGCAGAUAACAACCGGAGCACAAGCGUGGAGCUCACGGGGGAUCCCAGCACCACCAGAAGCAUUCCAGGGGCGUUAAUGGCCGAUGCCAGGGAGCCAUGCAGUCCCUCUUAUCUGGCCUCCAGGUCUCAUAGUCACUAUGCCAAGAAGGGAGAUUGCCACUCAGGCCUAAGCUCUCUGGAGAGACAAUUUGGCCGUUGCACAGAGUAACAUCAUCAGACUUGGCUUACGCUUUCUUGGAACUUCCAGAUUCAGAGAAUCGGAUUUAGAGAAACAGCGUGGUGCAGUUGGCGGCUUGGUUGCAAGAUUCAGGUGGCCGUAGAAAUCUCAGAGGAACAGAAAGCAGUUUCCAGACAGCGGAAACUUCUUAGCCUCCCAAGCCUACAGAGCUAAGGAGUCCUGCAGAGUCUGAGCCCAGACAGGUCCAUCCGCACCUGUCUAUGGCUGGCUGGUGUCCUUCCUCAGGCGGCUCAAAGCCUCAGAUGCUCUUUCACCCCUAGGGUCCUACCUAGCCUGUCGGUGGGCCCCCGUGAGGACAAGGAGAGCCAAGAAACUGGAGAGGAUCUCUGCCCAGGUGUCACUGAAAAGCCAGUGGGUCACUUGUGUCCUGGGGAACCGAUUCACUUCUCAGGCAAUCUUUAGCAGGAAUCGAGGAGGUGGGGAGAUCUGAUUGUUCUCUGAGUCUCCAAUAAUGGUAAGAAGGGGACAGCCCUAGGAGGGACUGAACUAACAGUGUUGGAGGGAAUCAGACAAAUCAGCAAGAAAUUCAGCUGAGCAGUUCAAAGGCUUCGGGGAGAGCAGCUGCUUCCCUCCUGCCUGCUUUUCUUAUUAAGGGGUUUAAAUGUGUCCACGGGUAAAGGAGGCAGGGGAGUUCC